AAAGAAAACUGGAGGAAGAGGAAAUAGAUGUAAAAAAAAAAAAUCCUUGAACAAAUUAGACGAAGGAAAAUAAUAGAAGAAGAAAAUUAGAGGAAAAAAAAAAAACUAAGGGAAGGAAAAUUCGAAACACAUUAAGCAGGAAAAUAGACACAAAGCACAAAAGGAAGACUGAUAAGAAGACAAUCUGAAGGAAAAUAAAACAAAUAACAGCAAACAAAGGAAGAAUAAGAAGAAAACGAGAAAAAAAAAAAACACCGGAAAAAAACUAAAAGAAGGAAAUACAAUAGACAAAAAAAAAAAGGAAACAAGAAUAAAGAACAAGGAAAAGUAAGAAAUGAGUAUCGUUUAGAAUAGUGUCCCUUUCAAAAAUGGGAAAACAAUUGAACACGUAAAAAAAAAAAUAAGAAAAGAAAUAAAACAAAAGAAAAUAAAACCGUAAUGUUAUCAAUGAAUACGAGACAACCAGAAGAAAAAUGACCAAUAAAUGACGUGAAGAGAAGUGAAUUACGAUACCAGUGAUAAGAUAACGUAAUGAAUGAUAACAAACGUGACACAAGAACGCAAACAAACAGACACGAAGAGAAAAGAGACGAAAAUUUGUCACACGAAACAUUAAAAAAUAACAACAAAUCGUAAAGGAAUAGAUAAAUAAAAUAAAAAUAAUAAAAAAUAAUCACAAGCAAUCAAGCAAGACAAGGAAUCCAACCCUAAAGCAAGCACAUGAACCAGCGAGCCGCUUAACCUACACCUGCUGGCAAUUAAGUAACAGGAGCAGGUGUGUGUGACGGUCGAUAAGAGACCCACGGGUACCAGCAGGUCUCCACUUCACCACUGUGUCAGCGUCACCACCUGCCCCUCACCGCUGCACCAAAAAGAAGAAAAAGUCACUGUUUUAUAGGAUACAGUGUUGGAUCUCCUAUAAAAGGCAUCGGAUUCUGUUUUAAAAGUACCGGAUCCCUUUAAAAGUACUGGAUCUUCCUUAAACAGGAUUGGAUUAUCUUCAUAAAGCACUGAAUCCUCUCUGUAAGGUACUUGAUCCUGUAUUCAAAGGUACAGACGGGUAUAGCUUGUUUCUAGAUGCUGUAAACUUUCUAUUUAGCAUGAAACUUUGAAGGGAUUCGUUUCCUCUGAUGCUUGAAUAUAAAGGAGUCAGUCGCCUGCUGGAUAAUACGCUUCGAUUGUCUCCAGAACAAAGAUAAAGGCUUCAACUCCACAAAGAAGCUGCAGGCGGCACAAAAGAACCUUCACAAAGACUCCACCACCAUUACCCAAGACUUAAAUCGCGAAGGAAAGAAGAAAACUCUAAAGAAUUCACGUGUAUAUCGACUCCUUUAAAGACUUGAUAAAGGACACACAUUACAAACUCCAGGAAAUUCCAAACCUAUUGCUUCCAUAAACCAGAACGAAGGGAGGGAGGCUGAAAGGGUCGGAAUCUGCUGCAAGGAGAUCCGCUCAAGCUAAGACUCCUGCAAAACUCCUGCCCAAGAAAUCUAUAAGAACAAUAACACAUUCUGGCGCGCACUGGGAAACAAUUGCGCAUCGGUGGCUGCUUCAAGGCGGAGUUUAUAUUCACGUAAUUGUGUUUCCCGCGUCUAUUGUUCCUGGUUGUUGUUGCUCUUGGGUUUUCUUGGUCCCAGUGUUUUCGUUUGGUAUAAUUCAGUAAUACAUCGCAGUGCUUUACGAGACGAGUAAGAGCGUGGGAAGUAGAGUUAUUUGACGUUUAUUAAAGGCUCCGCUGACUGGCUUGACAUUACCAUAAGCUGAAAAUAGGCGUUAGAAAAAGGUCGUUUGCCGGUUUGUUCUCGAGAUAACUUUGACAACCAAGACAGAGAACGUUGAAAAGCCACUUAAUUUGGUUUAAUCAGUAAUGAAUAACGAUAAGAUAAAAAAAAGGCGUUAGAAAAAAAAGCAAUUUCCCGUUUUGUUCUCGAGGUAAUUUUGACAACCAAGAGAGACAGAACAUUGAAAAAAAGUCAGCUAAUUUUGUAUCAAGUAUCAGUAGCGUGUGUUUGAAACGUAUAGAAGAAAAGAAAAGAAUAAAAAAAAGAGCAAGUUUCCAAGACACUGAAGCAAGACAAGGCGAGGCAAGACACAAACAGGACACAACAAUAAAGACCAAGAAUAUUAAGAAACAAACUCCAAAACUUCACAAUCCAUUUUCUUCGUAUCCAAGGACAGCGACCCCCGGCAACAGUGUAAUGGUGGGCCUGCUGUCCAGCGCUCCCACGUGGGCGCCCUACUCUCACUAAGACCGUGGCGGAUACACCCACGCCCACCCACAACACGCCUCCCACGCUACUCCCACUCCGGCCACUCCGCCCACUCCGCCCACAGCAAGCCAUGGACGAGGGGGACGAGGAGACAGGCAUAGACCCGCGGCCUGACAGCAUGGGGGGUGAGGUGACGGCGGGGGAUGCUGAGGCGGGGCGGGGCGGGGGUGGGGCUGGGGGGCAACUCCUCCUGGCCAACCCCCAACCCCCAGCCAUCCGCUCGUCACUCCUCGGCCCCGCCACGGACACCAAGGACACCGCUAAGAACAAGAACAUCAAGAGUCACUGUAUUCACGGCAUGGGGGAGGAUGACAGCCACAACCGCCCCUACCAAGAGAUGGGUCAGCUUUCUAUUGAGGAGAAGAAAUACUUGCUGUCAGUGGAGAGGGGAGAUGUGGCAGGUGUACGAAGAAUCCUCAUCAGGGCAGCGGAGACUGGCUUCAUCAACAUCAACUGCGUGGAUCCCCUUGGCCGCUCCGCUCUGCUUAUGGCCAUCGACAACGAGAACUUGGAAAUGGUGGAGCUUCUUAUUAAGUUCAAGGUGGAGACGAAGGAUGCCCUGCUGCACGCCAUCAGUGAAGAGUACGUGGAGGCGGUGGAGGUGCUGCUGGAACACGAGGAAAUGGUGCACGAACCAGGAACUUUGCACCUCUCCAUCACUAAUCUACAACAGAGCUGGGAGGACAUCCCGCCCGAGACAGCCACCUUCACCCCGGACAUCACGCCGCUCAUCCUUGCCGCUCACCGGGACAACUAUGAAAUUAUCAAGAUUCUGCUCGACCGGGGCGCCACGCUACCUGGGCCCCACGACCUCAGGUGCGGGUGUGAUGAAUGCGUCACGUCACGGCUGGAGGACUCAUUGCGCCACUCACGGUCACGCAUCAAUGCCUACCGCGCCCUGGCCUCUCCUUCCCUCAUCGCCCUCUCAUCCAAGGACCCAAUUCUCACCGCCUUCGAGCUGUCCUGGGAACUGCGACGCCUCUCCUUUAUGGAACACGAGUUUAGAAGCGAAUACCAGGAGUUACGGAAGCAGUGUCAGGACUUCGCCACGGCCCUGUUAGACCACACCAGGUCCUCAUAUGAGCUAGAGGUCCUUCUCAACCACGACCCUUCAGGACCUCCUCACGAACACGGCGAAAGGAUGCACCUCAACAGACUCAAAAUGGCCAUCAAAUUGAAACAGAAGAAGUUCGUGGCGCACCCCAACGUACAGCAACUGCUCGCCUCCAUCUGGUACGAGGGUCUGCCAGGGUUUCGGAGGAAGAACAUGGCAUUACAGGCGUUGGAGAUCGUCAAAAUUGGCUUACUGUUCCCCUUCUUCUCCAUCAUCUACAUCCUGGCGCCCCACACAUCCCUAGGCCAGACCAUGAGGAAGCCAUUCAUUAAGUUCAUCUGCCACUCUGCCUCCUACCUCACCUUCCUGUGCUUGCUAAUCUUGGCCUCUCAGCGGAUAGAAACGGUCAUUGUGGAUUGGUUUGGCGCCACACCCACCUUGAAGAAGUGGGUGGCGACGGAUGUGACCACCAGAAGAGGCGCUCCACCCAGCUUAGUGGAGUGGCUCAUAUUGGCGUGGGUGUUUGGCUUGAUAUGGUCGGAAAUCAAGCAGCUAUGGGACGUGGGCUUGCGAGAGUACGUGGCAGACAUGUGGAAUGUUAUUGACUUCAUUACCAACGCUCUGUACGUGGCCACGAUAGCCCUGCGCAUCGUGGCUUACUACCAGAUGCUUCCCCCCAUCAAGGUACAGAGGGAAAUCCGGCAGAACCUCGGCACGCAGGACCUCCCGCGUCAGAAAUGGGACACGUGGGACCCUAUGCUGAUUGCCGAAGGACUCUUUGCCGCCGCUAACAUCUUCAGUUCCCUGAAGCUGGUGUACAUCUUCAGCGUGAACCCUUACCUCGGGCCCUUGCAGGUGUCCCUCUCGAGGAUGGUGGUCGAUAUUCUCAAGUUUAUCUUCCUAUAUCUGCUGACUCUCUUCGCUUUCUCUUGCGGCAUGAAUCAGCUGCUGUGGUUCUACGCUGACCUGGAGAAGCAGACGUGCAUUGAGGAGAAGGAGAAGCUGCUGAUGAACAUGACGAAGUGCGGUGACGAGAAGGGAGUUAUGAUCGACCCGGAUGAAGUGAUGAACAUGAGCCCAGACGUGGAUUCCUGUAUUGUUUGGAGGAGGUUUUCGAACCUGUUCGAGACAACACAGACCCUCUUCUGGGCGGCAUUCGGGCUGAUCGACCUCACCAACUUCGAGCUCACGGGAAUCAAGCCUUUCACUCGCUUCUGGGGCAUGCUGAUGUUUGGCACCUACUCCGUGAUUAAUGUCAUCGUGCUUCUUAACCUCUUGAUUGCUAUGAUGAAUCACUCUUACCAACUGGUUUCCGUAAGUUCUGGACGAAGUGGUUUCAAGGAAAGGGCAGACGUGGAGUGGAAAUUCGCGCGAAGCAAGCUAUGGAUCAGUUUCUUCGAGGAGGGAGGAACCUGCCCGCCUCCCUUCAACAUCAUCCCGACCCCGAAGAGUGUCUACUAUCUCUUCCACUGGUUCUACAAAAAGUUCUGCGGCCAAACCAAGGCUGCCAAGAAGGAACACAUGAGGACCAUACGGAGGAAGAAAAGGCAAGCGAGCGAAAGGGAUGUAAGAUAUCAGAGCAUCAUGCGUAACCUGGUGCGGCGUUACGUGACGGUGGAACAGCGUAAGGCGGAGAACCAGGGCGUGACGGAAGAUGACGUCAAUGAAAUCAAACAAGACAUUUCCGCCUUCCGCUGCGAACUGGUGGAAAUCCUCAAGAACUCCGGCAUGAACACCUCCACAGCCACAGCCACAGGUCAAGGUACAGGAGGAAAGAAGAACCGGCAGAAGGAGCGGCGGCUGAUGAAAGGGUUCAAUCUGGGCGUGGGAUCCCUGGCCUCGCACCUCAGCAUCGCCACCUCCACAGUCUUGCCGGCAACAGCUGAGGUGGUGGAGGUGGCGGUGAAGCGGUCGCCGCAGAACAAGCUGGCUCGGCUGGCCCGGCUGGCGGAGGCGCGGCUAGGGCGGCCGACCAACAAGAAGCGGUGGGGCACCCUGGUGGAGGCGGCCAAGAACGCUCGCGUCAAGAAACUCCUCUCCCGUUCCCGCUCCGACGAAUCCCUCUCCUCCGACCCGGCCGCGGGGGACUCCGAGGGCGGCGAGGGGCCACCGCCCCAGGGCAUCCUGCGCUCCGGGGGCGACAGUGGGCAGGAGAGGCCGGGCGCCGCGGCGGGCGGCACCAUGCACCUGGACGCGGCGGCGCUGGUGACGCAACAGCAACAACAGCAGCACCAGCAGCAGCAGCAGCAGCAGCAGCAGCAGCAACAACAGCAGCAGCCUGCAGCAGCGGGGCAGCCCGAGCACCCCAAGGCAACACCCAAGAACUCAGUGAGCUUUGAGGGCCCCGGGCUGGGCAGCUUCUCCACCCCCUCACACUCCUCCACGGAGACUGAGCCGCCCCCUCCCUACCCUUCGUGGACGCCCACUCCUCCCACCACCACUGCCGCGCCCCCUGCCGGUGCGCCUCCCUUCGUGCCCGCCUCGCCCUCCUCGGGUAGCGGGUCCCUGCUGCCCAUGCCCGUCAGUGAGUCCUCGGAGCCCCUUGUGAGUGGUCGCCCCGCCAACGGCUCCGUGCAGCAAGCGCCUCACCUGCCCGGCGUCCAGCCCGUCAACAGACAUAUGGCGGCCGGCUGGCUGUGAUGCCCUGGUGCAGUCAGCCCUUCCACCCCCCAUCCCGGAGCGACCGCCCCUCACCGCCCAUCUGUAAAUACUUCACCACCACCACCACAAGCCACCACGGGAACCCUUCACUUGAGACUUUAUUGGAACCUUUCUCCACCUCCCGCGUGGAGACAUGUGAUAAGGACAUCUGUCAUCCCUCAAGUGUGCAUUUGUAUGUAAACCAAAGGGGAAGAAGUGCCAGAAAAUUAGUGUUUUUAUAAGUAUAUUUAAUGUAUUUAACGAAAGUGGGUUAACGUUCUUAUACCUAAUGUAAGUUGUAUUCGUUAAUCCCAGGAUCGUUGUAACUUUGUAUAACUUACAGAAAAGCGUGUGUGUUUCCGUGCGUGCGUGUGUGACCACUUGCGAGACUUCACCAGCCCAUGCAAGUGGCGCUGGGCGUCGGAGCACCACCACGCCGCACCGCGCGACACCACGCCACCAUCUCGCACCAUGUCAAUACAUGUGUAACACGGGUUUAUAUGUAAAUGUGUAAAGACACGCAUACAGGCAGAUGGCAGCACUCACUCGGCCCACACCCACACACUCGCUGGUUCACUGUCGCUCUGCAAGGACCGGUUUCUGAAACACCUCUACGCCGCACCACUACACUGAAGAGGUUCUAGUUCAAGUUACGCGGGUUUUCAAGGGUGUUUUCAUGAUUCUAGUAGCAGAUUAAUAAGAUUUUUGCAUUAUGAACAGGAGAAACAGUCUUGAAAACCUGGCUGAUCAUCUCUGCGAGCUUUGAAAUUAGUCGUGGUGAGAGAGCAGUGUUUCAGAACAUGGGCAUUUAUUGCACUGUGUUGAUUCCUCCUCUGUCUGUGCUUUACCAGACAGCGAGUCGCAGCACAGACAUUAUCCACAGUGUUCUUUGUUCUCUUUGUUCCCGCAGAGGGCUAGUGCAGUGCUAAGUAUGACAGGUCUACAGUCUAACUUUUUUUUUAGUGCCAUGGUCUUUAGUGCAUGUCAUUUCUGUUUUCUGGAAGCUUGGGCGAUCUGCUCGUCGUGACAGGCAAGGUUAUGAAGCGAGUCGUGAGUGAUGUAAAGGCUCCUGCCGCCACACACACACACACUCGAUGGUCAGCACAGGAGCCGCUAUGCAGUGGCAUGAAACGAUCAGCUUUUUUCGAAACAAACUACAUAGUGUGGGUGCCCUGCGCUGUGGCCACUCCGGCACCGCUUUCCCUCUGGAUAAAUCAAAGCAAGGGCCUUCAUGUGACCACGAUGUGCCAGGGUUUGGGUUGAGGUAGAGGAUAUUUAUUUAGUAGCCGCAGUGCAUAACUAUUUACGUUAUUCAUCGGUGUGACCGGCAUGGCACCAUAUUCUGAAACACUGCUCCACACCUCCUUUGCUUUCAAAAGGUUCCAAUUGAAGUUACACGGGUUUUUGAUAGCAUUUCCAUGGCUCUAGUGAUAGACCAACAAGAUUUCUACAUUACCAGCAGGAGAAACACUCUUGAGAACCCUACUAAUCAUCUCUGUGGCCUUGAAAUAUAGUCGCGGUGAGAGAACAGUGUUU